UUGUGAAAUAUACCGCUCGCUUAAAAAUUUAUUACGUCGGAAAUAUCGUACGUGGGUCUCAACACCGAGCUUUUGUAACACAAAUGUCCGGGAAGCUUUAAUAUAAAAAUGUUGGGUUUCUCGUUAGUAGAAUGUAUGGUUGCGUGCAGCAGUGUUCUACUCAUGGUGUUACUAUUAACCGAAAUUUUGGACUGGACGCAGUUAUUCACAUGGAUGGAAAACGAUUACCGUCCAUCCACUUUUUCGUUUGGCUAUGCUUAUCAGAAUGGUCCUCAUACAUGGAAAGAUCUAUAUCCUGAGAGCAUUGGUAGCAAUCAAUCGCCCAUUAAUAUCACAACUAGGCUCGCUGUAGUAGUGCAACCAUCUGAGCCACUUCGGUGGAGCAAUUAUAAUAGCGGACCUCUGUCGAUGACUAUUACAAAUGAUGGUCACACUGUAAUACUCCGAGGAUUCUGGACUAGUACCACAUGGCCGCAACUUCAAGGAGGACCUUUGACCGAUACGUACGACUUUUUUAAUGUUCUCUUUCACUGGGGUCCAUCAAACGAAGAGGGCAGUGAACAUACCUUGGACUACUUUCGUUUUCCUAUGGAAUUACAAAUUAUACAUGUAAAACGUGGACUUAAAUCACCAACAGAUGCGAUCGCGCUUGGAGCAAAAGACGGAAUAGCGAUUACUUCGUUCUUCCUUCAAAUGAAUGACACGGAUAAUCCUUAUUUGGAUCAUAUCAUAAGCAAUUUGUGGCGCAUUACCUAUCCGGGAUCUAAAGUCUAUAUACCUCCUUUUCCAUUGGAAUGGAUUUUCGCACCUUUUGACAGAGAUUAUUAUACAUACAGCGGUUCUCUUAGCCAGCCACCUUGCAGUGAAAUUGUCACAUGGAUCGUCCAGCAAGAACCAAUCGCUAUUUCCUCAUCUCAGAUAGAGAAAUUUCGAAAGCUUUGUUCGGUAGAGGGCCCAUUACUUUUAAAUUGUCGACCAGUUCAACCGCUGAACGACCGUGAUGUUUAUUUUUAUGAAGAAAGCUUAUCGGGUAAUUAGUACAUAA